AUGACAUGGGUGUUUUAUCCUCUGGAAAAACCUGGACAGAGCUUCUUUUCUACAUUCCCACUGGAUCAGCAAGCAGGCACCACCUCUGGUGAGUUCAUGGACCUGUACUUGCUACAAAAAUGCUCCACAAGCAGCAUCAUUGGUGCCAAGGACUACACGUCCACCCAGAUGAAUAUGGCUGAGGCUGACAGGAUCACAGGCCAGUUAAAUGACCACUUUAAAAGCUAUGCUAUCUACAAGGCCAUUUGCAGGAUGGGCGAGUCAGAUGAUUCUAUUCUCUCACUGGCUAAAGCUGAUGGAAUUGUCUCAAAUAUUUUUUAA